UGGUGACGAGAUCGAAAGCGGACGCGGGUAGCUGGCUCGUUCCCCUUGCCUUCCUCUUUCGUCCAGCGAUUUCGCGUGCGCCCCUAGCGAAAACAAAACGCGUCCACCGGGCAUCGGGUUAAUCCGAGGGACGCGUAUCAUCGUCGAAACGCGUGGAACGCGGAUAUAAAUAGCGGCUCGUUCGGUGCGCCGCGACGGGCCGUUUGAUAACGACUUCGUCUCUCCGUCGAGUUCGAUUCCGACCCCUUCGACGGAGCUUUCGCUACGCAACGAUACGAUACGAUACGAUAGGAGACGAAAGGGUAGGAGAGAUCGGAAGCGGGAGCGAGACCGAGACCGAGACCGAGAGCGAGAAUAAUGGCUUGCCGUGGCGGGUGACGCGGAUCGAUACGUUACGUAACCACUACGAGUUGCGUUUAGAAACGAAGAAACGCGCGAUCGAGCGUACUCCGAUGAUCGAAGUCUGCGAGAGAAACGAAGGUAGGCGCGGUGCGCAGCCUGAAAAGAUCGCUAGAACCGAGGGUGCAAGCGAGUGAUCGUCGACGCGAUCCUACUUUGUUUCGAUCAUUUCUCGUCGAGCGUGCGUCGCAGACGGAAAACGCAACGCCGGACGAUGGCGGUAGCUAAGGUUAAUCGAGUUUUCUCGAUAUCACGCGGUAAGUUGAAUCCAUCGGAGAAGGGAGCGGAGCGUAGGUGGCUGUCGAUUCGCGGGAAAACGAGGCGGUUGGGUGUCCUGGCGGGAUUGAUAGCCGGCUGCGGGACCGUUCUCUGUUAUCUCGAACGAUCGGUCAAGGCGCUCGAGCACGAGAUAUCGUUGCCGAAGUAUCCCUGGAUGUUCAAGAGAACCCUGAAGAGCUUCGAUCACGCGGCUCUCCGAAGAGGGUGGCAAGUGUAUCGUACCGUCUGCAACACGUGUCACAGUUUGCGAUACGUUCGUUUCAUGGACCUGGUCGAUGCGACUCACACCAGAGAAGAGGCGAAAGCGAUCGCCGCCGAAUUCGAGGUGGAGGACGGUCCCGACGAUCAGGGUAACUACUACACCAGACCCGCGAAAUUAAUCGACAGGAUUCCGCCUCCUUAUCCGAACGAGGAAGCCGCCAGAGCCGCGAACUUUGGCGCGUACCCGCUGGACCUGACUUUCCUGGUGUACGCGCGGAAACGCGGCAUCGAUUACGUCUUCUCCCUGCUGACGGGAUUCAUGGAACCGCCGGCGGGCGUGCGACCGGAAGAAGGCCAAUACUUUAACAUUUACUUUCCCGGUGCAUUCACGACGAUGCCUCAAUUGCUUUACCAGGGCAUGCUCGAGUACGACGACGGCACGCCGGCGACCGAGUCGCAAAUGGCUAAGGACGUGGUGGAAUUUUUAAUGUGGACAGCGAGUCCGGAGCACGACGAGAGAAAAGCGAUGACGAUCAAGGCAUGCGGGAUCUUUUUUAUUCUGAUAACCGCCAGCCUCCACGCCUACAGAAGAUACUGGUCGAUCCUGCGGAGUCAGCGUCUCGCUUACGUACCGGUGUCGAAAUUCGCGGACGCUUCACCGGCCGAUUCUUCGACCGGCGAAUGCGCCGCCGUUCGAUCGAACAAACGAUCCGCCGGUCCGCCGAGCCGAUAGUCAACGUCGCGCACUUCCGGGUCGACGGAUGAGCACGGAUGAGCGCGAACGAAGCGCGGGAGAAUCCCGAUUCGAUCCGAUUCAAUUAGACUGGCGACGGUGUAGAAGAGCGAGGCGGGUACGGUUGGUAGCGCGAGCGCAACAUGUGCCACCGAUAAUCGUUUCGCAACGCACGGCCUUGACGAUGCCCGUAUACUCGAUCGGGCCGUCUAAAAAUAGAAAGCUCGAGAAGCCGUGCAACAACGUUACGCCGCGCCUCUCUUCCCGUCAGUCGUUGGCUUCUAUGUUCGAGCCGACUUAACGAUCAACCAUCGAGCACGAAAUACCGGGCCUAGAAUCCACCUGUCUCUACGUCCACCUCGAGCCCGAUCUUUUCCGCUCACGGAACCAACCGAUCUUCGCUUUUUCGAAAUAUUAAUUAUCAUCUUCCUUCUGUCUUGAUCCCCACCCCGUGCAACUCCGUUACUCCCUCCUCGUUCAUCGUCGCCAAUCUCACGGAAUCGCGUCCAAUCUGGUCGCGCUGCGUCGCGACGCGGCCGUCGCGUGCCACGCUGAUGAUCUAUGCGCGCGUACGAUUCGUCUCGAUGCUGAAUGGCAACGAGACUGCGAUCGCCAGAGGAGAGGGAAGGGGUGGCACGGAUCGAAAAUAUAUACGAAACGAUGAAUGAAAGCUCCGUGUUAAGGUUGAGAGCGCGCCAACGAUUUCUCGAUCCAACGAGCCUCGCGUAUACCGUCGACAUCCCCUCGGCUCGUACACUUCACCUAUCCGAAUCCUAUCGAUAGCGGAACCGGAAAAGCGAACCGGAAGUUUCCGACGUCGACGAAGCUGCCGAUUAUCGAGCGCGAAUUUCAACGUAAUUAGUCACGGUGACUUAGCGAUCUUUCGAUUCCCACGCUGCUAGAAUACCACCGUCAACCGCAAAACUCUGGGUCGCCUCGUCGAUGACCUCGGCCGCUUCUCCUUUCGAAGGGACCAGAGAAAGAGGAGAACGCUCUCGAGUAUUUUUCUGCUUUCUUUGCUGCUCCGCGCACGUUCGGCUCUCGUUCGAGCGAUCGGAGAACGAGAAGAACAACCAGGGGUUCGAAGAAGCCGCGA